AUGGCCACUAAAACCUCGAAAACCAAAGAAGAAUUUAUUAAACAUAGAAAACUUAGGCUUUUGAAUAUCCCACCAAGUACAGAAAACGAAAUUCGAGAAUUUCUAGGCGCUUUCAAGGCAAAGAAAAUUAUUAUUAAUCAGUCGCUUGAUUCAGCACUUGUCACCCUGAAUAAUGGACAACAGCUGGAGGCAGCAAUAGAAAAGCUUAACAACCAAAAAUUCAAAGACAACAUUGUAACAGCUAAACAGGGAUUCAGUGGCCAGCUUUUAUGUGUGGCUCAUUUACCACUGACAUUCACUGAUGUACAGUUUAAAGAGUUUUGCGAGAAGUAUGGGGCUGUGGAUUAUUGUUACAUUAUGCGCACUGAAAACUCUGGAUUCAGCAAGGGCUAUGGGCUUGUGGAGUACGCAGUUGAUACCGAACAAGUAAAGGAGAUUAAAUCAGAGCUGGAUUGGCUGAAUUUGGACGGUCAGAUUUUACAUGCUGACUUUGUUGACGAAGCAUAUCAGACAUGGGAAGGUUUACAGUCCAGGUGUCUGUUUGUCAACAGCAUGCCAGAGAAUUUUGUGGAUGUCUCCAACCUGAGAGAAACAUUUGGAGUUGUCACCAGCCCUGUUUACUGUCAGAUAAUGACUAAAGGAGACAAAUCAUUAGGCUUUGCCAUCAUAGAGUUCCGAACAGCCGAGGAAGCAGAAGAGACGUGGAUACAGUUGAGAGAUUUAAAAAUUGAAGAUAAAGAAGUCGUCGUUACAUUCUGCAUUCCAGGAAAAUCAGCAGUAGUCAUCAAUAACAGAAUCAUGUGGAAGUUUGGGGACAAACAACAGAAGACCAACAGCUUGUUGCCGGAUCCUGUUUCUGCAAAACCUGUUAUUGCAGGCAACCCCAUUGUGAUUAGUCUGAGCAGGCUGAAUCCAAAAUUGAUGGAUGACUUCACCAGAGUACUUGGUGAGCUUCAGCAGGCCUAUGUCUCUCAGAUGAUGUCUCCUGUGCACAAACCAGGUCUGCUGGGUCCAGCUCCAUCACUGCCACUCAGCCCUAUGAUGAACCCCAACAUGCAGCUGGGCUUGCUGGCAAUGUUAGCUUUGCAUAUCCAGGCUGCCAAGAAAGAACAGUUUUCUGGCGUACUGGCUAAACAGUUUAACAUCUUAAGUGAGCAAGAUGUAGCUUCGAAAUUGCUGCCGAAAGCAUCCAUCCUUGGUGAUCCUUUGACCGGACAAGCCAAUGUGAUACUGUGCAGCCUCAAACAGCAACUGAAUCAGGUGCCUAUUGUGGGAGAGGAUAGCACGCCACUGACAGAACCAGAGACCCUGGAGGAGAAACUGAAGUUCAUUGUCAAGAAGUUUAUUGCCAAUGGCCGCUAUCUGAAUCUGAGCCUUCUCAACAACUUUGGCCAGCUUCUAGUUACCAUGAAAAACACUGAUAAUGCCAGCAAUGCUCCAUCUAAUAAAGGGCAUUCCCUUCUAGGUCCUGUACCUGGUUCACAGUUUCAACACAAUUUUGCGUUUGGUGGUAAAGGUUCAUCUCUCCUCGGAGAACCUAAACCAAUGUCUCUCCUGGGAGAACCUAAACCAAUGUCUCUCCUGGGAGAACCUAAAGGAAUGUCACUUUUUGGAGAUCCAAAGGGAAUGUCACUUCUUGGAGAACCAAGAGGAAUGUCACUCUUUGGUGAACAACGGGGUUCCUCAUAUUUUGGGGAAGCAAAAGGAACAUCAUUUUAUGGGGACACAAAAGGAACGUCAUUCUUUGGAGAGCAUAAAGGAGGAUCACUUCUUGGGGAUCCAAAAGGAGCAUCGUACUAUGGAGAUCAUAAAGGUGGAUCCCUUCUCGGGGAACCAAAAGGAGCAUCAUACUAUGGAGAGCAUAAACCUGCAUCACUUCUCGGGGAGCCUAAAGGAGGGUCAUUUUACAGAGAGCAAAAAGGAGCAUCACUUCUUGGGGAGCCCAAAGGAGCAUCACUUCUUGGGGAACCCCCUGGUGGGUCAUCUCAGUCCAACCAAGCCAAUGCCACCAUCAACACUUCACUGAUGAAAGCUAUUGGCCUGAACGUUGGAAGUGGGAGCUCUUUAGGUAACAUGGGGCAGAGUUUGUUGUCACAGAUUAGCCACGGGCUUGCCCAUCAGAUUGGCCAGAACAUUCUGUACCAGAUGUCUGUUGGCCAAGGAGUGCAGCCUGGAUCUGGGAAGGGUCUUCUGGGAGACAUCCCUGCAGAGAGUGGUCAGAAACACAAAGGCAGUUCAGCUGGCAACAAGUCACUGCUGGGAGAGCCUCCUCAGAAUUAUAUGUCAGGCCAAGGAACUAAUACAGGCACGUCUAAUGAACAGGCUAGCUGGAAAAGCACAGAGACAAGAUGGGGAAGUGGUGCUUAUGAAAGUGGUUAUAGCAACAAAUCAGCAAUGGGAGGAGGAGCCGGCAGUGGUGGCAACUACGGUGACUACAGUUAUGGAGCUGAAUCAUAUGGGGACAUGAGUGGAAAUGCUGGCUAUGGUUAUGGUGAUGGCAAUGAGUACUACAAUUAUCAGUCUCAAUAUGGAUAUGGAGGACAGACCGAUAAUAUGUACCAAACUGAAGGUGGUUAUAAUAAUCAGUUUGGCUCUGGUUACGGUUCUGGGAGUGGCAUGGGUGGUAAUUAUGGAAUGGGCAGUGGAUAUGGAGGAAACCAAGCAUCAGGUGUGAAUUUCCAGGAUGGACAAACUUUCGGCAAAGGAGGCAACAGUGGCCUCGGCCAAGAUAGUGGGAGAUACGGGACAGAUGGUUUUGCUAGUGGCAUGUCAGAAACUGGGUACGGGUAUGGGGGGAGAGAUAACCUAGGCAAUAAUUAUGAUUCUUAUGGUAUGAGUGGAGGUUACAGCACUGGUAUGGGCGAUGGAAUGGGGGGCAGUGGGGGCUACAUGGGAAAUGAGGGUAUGGGUAGUAGCAGCAUGGGUGGGGGGCUGUUAGGAAAUGGAAGCAUGAACAGUGGGAUGAUGGGGAACAUGGGUGGGAGUAUGGGAAACGGGUUGCUGGGAAAUGGUGGAAAUAUGAAUUCUGGCAUGUUGGGAAGUGGCAGCGGCAUGAACAGCGGGUUAUUGGGAAGUGGUAGCGGGAAUAUGGGUGGUGGUUUGUUGGGAAGUGGUAGCGGGAAUAUGGGUGGUGGUUUGUUGGGAAGUGGUAGCGGGAAUAUGGGUGGUGGUUUGUUGGGGAGUGGUAGCGGGAAUAUGGGGAGUGGUAGUGGGAAUAUGGGGAGUGGUGGUGGAAGCCUGAAAAGUGGAUUGUUAGGAAGUGGUGGUAGUGGAAGUAUGAACAGUGGAAAUAUGAAAAUGGAAUACAUGGGAAGCAAUGCAGGAAACAUGAGUGGAAGUAUGGGCGGUGGCUACAACAAUGGCAUGAUGGGCAUGGCCGAUGCUUACAGCACUUCUAUGGGCAUGGGAACAUCCAGCCGGUCAAAUAUGGGAAGUGGAGGAGCUGGUCUGCUGGGUAGUGGUGGAGGAGGAGGUGGCUUGCUUGGCAGUGGAGGUGGUGGCAGCAGUGGCUAUGGAGGUAGCAUGUCUUCAGUCAGUGGAAUGGGCAGCGGAUCUUUGGGCAGAGACAAUGCAGCUUAUUAUACUGGUGGAUCGGGUGAUUCCUCUGGUGCUGGACUGUUGCCAUCUCCAUCAAAAUUUAUGACACCUGCAGGACAGAAGCGUAGCCACAGUGAACUCCUGCCAAAACCAGAGCCUAGUCCAGAGAAUGCUGGCUACAUUGGCCAACACUCCCAGGGUAUCGGAGGACACUACCUGGACUCGUACAAGAGAAGCCGACUGUUUUAG